AUUACAAUGGCGGCCACGGGUGUCCUGCCGUUUGUUCGGGGAGUUGAUUUUUCACGAAAUGACUUUUAUGGUCAUGAUGGAGAUUCUUUUCCAUGCCAAGUUGGUGAUAUGUCUGGAUUAAGAUGGCUGCGCUUGAACAAAACAAAAUUGAAAGAGCUGCCAGAAGAAAUUAGUAAGCUGAAAAAGCUGGAGCAUCUGACGAUCAUGCAUAAUGAGCUACAAGGCCUAGGAGACAGUUUAGUAUCAUUGCCAGCACUCCGUACUCUCAACUGUAGACACAAUGAUCUUAAAGAUGACGGGAUCCCUGGUAAAAUUUUUAACCGUGAGGAUCUUUCUGUUGUGGACCUGAGUCACAACAAAUUAGUAGAUGUACCACCAGAACUGGAAAAUGCCACAAAUGUUAUUGUACUCAACCUCAGUCACAAUCAGAUUGAAAUGAUCCCAAACCAGCUAUUUAUCAAUUUGACAGACAUUUUCUUCCUUGACCUCAGCAACAACCUGUUUGAGACCCUGCCACCACAGAUGAGACGACUGACAAACCUCCAAACUCUCAUCCUAAAUAAUAACCCCCUUGUCCAUGCCCAACUCAGACAGCUACCGGCCUUAUUGUCCCUUCAAACCUUACACAUGAGGGACACACAGAGAACCCUGGCUAACUUCCCCUCUGGACUCGACACGCUUACCAACCUACAGGAUGUUGACUUGUCUAACAAUGACCUGCCCCGAGUGCCAGAGACACUAUACAAGGUCAGCUCCCUGAAACGGCUCAACCUCAGUGGCAAUCAGAUCACAGAGCUUUCUCUUGUCAUUGACACCUGGGUAAACUUGGAGACUCUGAACCUGUCCCGUAACAAACUGACAGCUCUACCAUCUUCUCUUCACAAACUGGCUUCUUUGAAGAAACUGUACCUGAAUUCUAACCUGUUAGACUUUGAGGGAAUUCCAGCCAACAUUGGUAAACUCCAUAACCUUGAGAUAUUCAGUGCAACCAACAAUCAGCUGGAGAUGAUUCCAGAGGGCCUGUGCAGAUGUGGGAAACUUAAACGUCUUCUUCUGAAUGAAAAUAAGCUUAUUACACUUCCUGAUAUUCUCCAUCUACUACCAGAGUUAGAGACACUUGAUGUGCGAGACAACCCAGGGUUGGUGAUGCCGCCCAAGCCUGCAGAGUUACGGAAAAAUCUGGAGUUCUACAACAUAGAUUUUUCACUCAACAACCAACUCCGACUGGCGGGUGCUCCCACUGCUCCCUCUGCAGAUCAGUCUCCUCAACAAAAAGACCCUGUAGCUCGGAAGUUAAGGCUGAGGAAAAGGCGUGAUGGCCAGCAGGAAAGUGAAAAAGUUCUCAAGGGUAUGAGGGAUGUGGCCAAGGACAAGGCAGAAGGUGCUGGCCCAGAAUCUUCUGAGAACGAGGAACAAAAAGAACCACUCAAACCAAAGCGAUGGGAUGAACACUUAACUAGACCACAUCUGAACUACAGUGAAAUAUUUGAUGAAGAUGUAGGACAAAUACCUGGUAUCCAAUGCUGGGAGAUAGAAAACUUUGUCCCAAAUCCACUUGAGGAAGUUUUGAUUGGAAAAUUCUACGAGGCUGAUUGCUACAUCAUCCUGAAGACUUUUAUAGACGAAUCCAACAGCAUAGAUUGGAAGAUCUGGUACUGGAUUGGUGAACAUUGCACCCUGGAUAAGAAGGCUUGUGCUGCUAUACAUGCUGUUAACCUGCGAAAUCUCCUGGGGGCAGAGUGUCGCUGUAUUCGUGAGGAGAUGGGGGACGAGUCUGAUGAAUUCCUUGACCUGUUUGAGAAUGGUGUGUCCUACAUAGAGGGUGGUAGGACAAGUAGUGGUUUCUACAGUGUAGAGAAUGUCGAAUAUGAAACAAAGUUAUACCGAGCUACUGGUGUGCAGACAGUGUUCAUGGAGAGGUGUUUACCUGAGUUUAUGUCCCUGGACAGCAGAUUUGUGUUCAUGCUGGAUGUGGGUCUCCACGUUUACAUCUGGGUGGGAAAGACGUCAAAAGCUGUCACAAAAACCAAAACAAGACUUAUAGCAGAAAAAAUCAAUAAAAAUGAAAGGAAAGGAAAAGCUGAGAUCCAUAUGGAAACACAAGGCAAAGAAUCAGUAAUAUUUUGGCGAUGUUUAGGGGGGACUCCACAAAUGCCUAUAGCGGCAGCUUCACUAUUACCAGUGGAAUACCUGCCCCGGAUGUACAAAGUAGGACUUGGCAUGGGAUAUCUGGAGCUGCCCCAAGUUGAAAUUCCAAAAGGGAAGUUGGUGCAGUCCCUGUUGCAGUCUAAAUGUGUGUACAUACUGGAUUGUAAGACUGACCUAUUUGUUUGGAUUGGUAAAAAGUCCACUCGACUCAUCAGGGCAGCAGCACUCAAACUUUCACAGGAACUCAAUGUUAUGUUGAUACGUCCUGAUUACUGCAGCGUAACCAGGUGUCUCGAAGGGACAGAGCCACAGGUGUUUAAGACAAAGUUUGUAGGGUGGGACGAUGUCAUACCUGUAGACUACACCAGGACAGCAGAGUCAAUGGACCGCAGGGGUCACGACCUCAAGGUUAUUAUGGAAAGAGACAAGUUGAAGACAGACCUGUCAGCACUGUUCAUGCCUAGACAACCAACCAUGACCCUUGAUGAGGCGGAUCAGUUAACUACUGAAUGGAAUGAAGAUCUGGAUGGAAUGGAAGCAUUUGUACUGGAGGGCAAGAAGUUUGUACGACUGCCAGACGAGGAGCUAGGUAUAUUCCAUACGGAGGAUUGCUAUGUGUUCCUGUGCCGUUACUGGGUACCACUGGAGAAGGAUGAGGAUGAGGAAGAUGAUGACGAUGACGAUGAAGACCCGGGGGAGGAUGACUACAAAUGUGUAGUGUACUUCUGGCAAGGCCGUGACACCUCCAACAUGGGCUGGCUCACCUUCACUUUCAGCUUACAAAAGAAGUUUGAGACGCUGUUCAAGGACCGACUAGAGGUAGUGCGCACGCACCAGCAGCAAGAGAACCUCAAAUUCCUCUCACACUUCAAACGCCAGUUCAUCAUUCGUCAGGGCAAGCGAAAAGUGGGUGGAGGUGAGGUUAAGAAGACCGAUAUUGAGUUCUUCCAUCUACGUGCAAAUGGCAGUCCUAUAGCUACAAGAUGUAUACAGAUAAAACCAGAUGCUUCCUUACUAAACUCAUUCUUUUGCUAUAUCCUGAUGGUGCCGUUUGACAGUGAAGAUCUGAUGGGUGUGGUCUAUGUGUGGAUAGGUAGCAGAGCAGAGCAUGAGGAGGCUACACUGGCAGAGAAGAUCGCGUACAAGAUGUAUAAAGACAACUACACGAUACAGAUGAUCAGUGAGGGUGAAGAACCUGUCAACUUCUUCUGGGUUGGCAUCGGAGGCAAGAAGCCACACGAAACGGAGUCCAAGUUUAUGCAACAUGCUCGCCUGUUCAGGUGUUCAAAUGAAAAGGGUUACUUUACAGUGUCCGAGAAAUGUGCUGAUUUCUGUCAGGAUGACCUGGCUGAUGAUGACGUGAUGAUUCUGGACAAUGGAGAAAAUGUCUUCCUCUGGGUUGGCAAGAAAACAAGUGAUGUGGAGAUAAAACUAGCAUUUAAGAGUGCACAGGUGUACAUCCAACACAUGCGUAACAAACAGCCAAACAAACCACGUAAACUACUACUGGCCAUGAAGUACAAGGAGCUGAGGAAGUUUACCAAGUGUUUCCAUGGCUGGGGCAAAUACAAGGAGGUGUUGGAGUAGCCUCUCACUACAGGAGUCACACCACAUGUUACAAUAGUCUGGAGUCACACAGCAUUCUAUGUAGUCAUGUUACAAUAGUCUGGAGUCACACAGCAUUCUAUGUAGUCAUGUUACAAUAGUCUGGAGUCACACAGCAUUCUAUGGACAUUUACAGACUUGUAGUUCUCAUCAAAAUGAGGAUACAACAAUUCUAUUUCUGAUAUUUUGAUGGUAAGACUUAUUGAGAACUGGUAACUAUUAAAUUUAUCUUUGAUUUAAUUUCUUAAAUACCAAGAUAGGAGUGGAAUAUAAAUCCUAUAAAAGUCUUAUAAAACUGUUAAAGAAUAUCGGUGCUGUGGUCGGUUGUAGAACUUCCUGUGCCUACUGCUAUACAUCCAUACGUUGGCCAAGUGUGUCUCUACUGUAGCCGUACAUCUAUAUAUUGACCAGGUGUGUCUCUACUGUAGCCGUACAUCUAUAUAUUGACCAGGUGUGUCUCUACUGUAGCAGUACAUCUAUAUGUUGGCCAGGUGUGUCUCUACUGUAGCCGUACAUCUAUAUGUUGGCCAGGUGUGUCUCUACUGUAGUCGUACAUCUAUAUCUUGACCAGGUGUCUCUCUACUGUAGUCGUACAUCUAUAUGUUGGCCAAGUGUGUCUCUACUGUAGCCGUACAUCUAUAUGUUGGCCAGGUGUGUCUCUACUGUAGCCGUACAACUAUAUGUUGACCAGGUGUGUCUCUACUGUAGCCGUAAAUCUAUGUUGGCCAGGUGUGUCUCUACUGUAGCCGUACAUCUAUAUGUUGGCCAAGUGUGUCUCUACUGUAGCCGUACAUCUAUAUGUUGGCCAGGUGUCUCUCUACUGUAGCCGUACAUCUAUAUACUGGCCAGGUGUGUCUCUACUGUAGCCGUACAUCUAUAUAUUGACCAGGUGUGUCUCUACUGUAGCAGUACAUCUAUAUGUUGGCCAGGUGUGUCUCUACUGUAGUCGUACAUCUAUAUGUUGGCCAGGUGUGUCUCUACUGUAGUCGUACAUCUAUAUGUUGGCCAGGUGUGUCUCUACUGUUGCUGUAAAUCAUCUAUAUGUUGGCUGGUUGUCACUCAACUGGUCACAAAAAACUGUUUUAGUGCAAUAUUACACUAUUUGAUCUGUUGUAGGAGUGUGUGUUGAGUUUGUCUGUGAUAUUGGGAAUGUUUUAUGCUGCUGCUUUAAAUACUAUAGCUCUGUUAGUACUAGAAUGAUAUAAAGUCUAUAUGUCUCCCUUCAACAUGUCCUAUUGAUGUUAACCAAAAUGUUUUAUAGUGUAGUUGUUAGUGGUGAAAUAUUUAAGAAGAAAACUUCUUAACAUUGAUAAUUUGUUAAUGUUAUACAGAAAGUUUUUAAAGCUUGAAUAUGAAGAUAACAUAUUUUGAAAAAAAUGUUGUUAAAUACAUAAAAUUAUACAAGUUGUUCAACUUUGUGGUAUAAAUCGAAGCACAAUGAUGGGUUUAUUGGAAAAAAUCCUUGUUUCUUGGAACAAUAUAUCCUUCUUAACCUUACAUUUAUACAAAUAUAUGAUAGCUGAAGAUUCUACAAAUAUAUAUAGACUAAGGUUUUUGAUAUCUUAUCUAUGAUGAUAAAUCCAUUUACUCUACACAAAUAUAACUUAAGUUGUAUCUAGACUUAUUAGACUUAUUGCUUUGAAAUGGAACAUUUGCAGGAGUAAUGCCUAGCGGAUAUAUAUAUUUCAAUGCAGACAUUGAAUGUUUUAAAGCUUGCCAGAAAAUGACAAGAUAUAUGUAAUUUCUGCAUGUUUGGUAAAUGAACAAGUCUGGUCAAACUGUUAUAUCAUUGUAAACUAUAUCUAUUCAUCACAGUAUUGACACACUGUGGAGAGGUUAGUUUGUCGUCAGUGUUUCAGGAGAGAAUGUGAAUAUGUUAUUGGCCAUUACUAUGAUUAAAAUAAAAGCUUGUCUAAUCUAAAGUUAUACUAAAAUUCCUUUUAUGAUUGAUAAAACCAUUAUAUUUAACAUCCGGGCCGGGGGCCACUACAUGUAUGUACCAGGUAUACUGUGUGUUGGGUUAGACAGGUUUUACUAGUGUAAGAGGUCACAUCACAUUAGUGUUAUAAUCAUGUGAUUUUGUCAACUGAUUUUACCACCAUUUGUUAAUCAUGAUAAUAAUAUUUAAAAACUAAUUACCAUUGUUACAAGAAUUCCAUAACUUUUUAUACAUUAAAAAAGGAAAAAACAAAAA